AUGGUAGUGUUGACUCGCGAGUGCAGUGCAAUCAUUCAGCGGAAGGUCAUCUCCGACAAAAAGGAAGAUCCGGGGAGUUUCACUUUGCCCUGCAUGUUAGGACCCCUAUCUUUCAAAAACAGUCUCUGCGAUCUAGGAUCAUCUGUCAGCCUCAUGCCUUUGUCUGUAGCAAAGAGACUGGGAUAUCACAAGUACCAAGCCUGCGGAAUCUCACUAGUCUUGGCAGAUAGAUCGAUAAGGUUACCAACUGGGAUGCUUGAAGACCUGCCUUUGAGGAUAGGGAAUGUGGAGAAUCCCCACAGACUUCAUUGUGCUUGA